CUAAUUAAUAGCCGAAACAGUCUCAUUAUAAUGAGCAGAUGAAUUCAUGGUGUCACCUACCAAACCCUAACUAGCCAAGGCUUCCUUUGAGAGAGAGAGGGAGAGAGAUAUCAGCAAUGGAUGGUAUGCAUGGCAUGGGUGGUAUGUCACCAUCACCAUCAUCCACGAAUGGCACAUCCGGGAUGAUUCGCCACAAGAUGAUGAUGCACAUGACCUUCUUCUGGGGCACGAACGCCGAGGUACUCUUCUCCCACUGGCCCGGCAAGAGCACCGGCAUGUACGUAUUAGCCUUGUUCUUCAUCUUCGCGCUCUCUUUUCUGGUUGAGUUUCUCUCUCAUUGCCGCUUGGUCGGACCUGGCUCGUCCGACGUGGCCGCCGGUCUCCUCCAAACAUUCUUGUUUGCCGUGAGGAUCGGGCUGGCCUACAUGGUUAUGUUGGCUGUCAUGUCUUUCAACGGUGGGGUGUUUUUGGCCGCCGUCGCCGGCCACACUUUGGGGUUUUUCAUUUUUGGUAGCAGGGUUUUCAAGAAACAAGAGGCGGUGAAAGAAUCUGAUCUUCCUCCUCUGACUUGUUGUUGAGGGAGGGAAGUGGAGUACUUAUGAUUCUUGGGUUUAACUAGCUUUUAAUUUUUAAUUUUUUUUUUCUUAAUUGUUUUCCCUUUGUUGUUUUGAAGAAUAUUAAUAAAUAUUAAGAAUUAAUUC